AUGUGGAAUGCUUUUUUAUAUACUCCUUCUGUGAUUUCAUCAACAAGACAAGCCAUAACAGUGCAAGUGGGUGAUGUAUUUAUUAUUGGUAUACAUGUUGCUUAUUUAACCAUUGACAGAAGAUCUUUAUGGGAAGAGUUAGCUCAGCUAAGUGAAUUGAUUGCACCUUGGUUAGUGAUAGGUGAUUUCAAUAUGGUGUUAAAUAAUGAUGAGAAGAAGGGUGGCAGAAAUCCUCUUAGAAUCUCAAUGCAAGAAUUCAGAGACUGUUUAGAAUCCUGUAACCUUAUCCAAGCUCCAAGGUCUGGAAUCAAAUUUUCUUGGUGUAACAAUAGAUUGGGUAAAAAGAUGAUAUUAUGUGAUCUGGAUAAAGCUUUUUUCAAUAUUAAGUGGCUGGAAAAGUAUGAUGGAUGGUGUUAUAAAGUUGGAAUUAGGGGUACUUAUGAUCAUGGUGCAUUAUUGGGUGGUAGUUCUGUCCUAAAACCAUCUAAUACACCAUUUAGAUACCAAUAUGUUUGGUCAUUUCAUCCUGGCUUCUUAAAGGUGAUAAAAGACUCAUGGGAGGAACAAUGUGAUGGAAAUUCUGCUUUCAAUUUCUCAGUAAGCUUAAAAGACUGA